AUGGUUGUUCUAUGUGGAUAUCUCAGUGGAUUUUAUACGGGAGGAAAUUCUUUAUUUGCAAAUGAUAAUGCUAGAAAAAAAGUUAUUGAAGCUAAAAACACCAUUCGAAAGGGAAUGGUUUCCAUUUUGCUGGUAAUUCCUUGUGAAAUUAAUAUUAUUCUUGCGAAAAGAGACAAAAGUGAAAUGAAGAAGAAAAUUACAAUUGAUGAGAUAGAGAAUGCAGUUAGAACCUGUGGCCUUAAUAAGAUAAUAAAUUUUAUUGGUGAGACUGAUGCUCCUCAUGAUACUUCUCACAUGAUAAUGUACACAUGUAAAGAUGAAUCAGUUGCAGGUGGUAUUCAUGGUAAUUGA